GACUGAGAACUUGAACUUUGGUAUAUAUAUGACUUCGAUAUUCUAGAAAACAUGCUGUAUAUUCGACUCACAAGAACCCAUCACCAGCAUAUUCCAUCCACCUAAACCAAACAACUCACCCAGACCUCACUGCAUCUCCAACCAAGUUUCCAAUCAGAUUUCCAACGCCAAUUUUAACCUCCAAUCGAUUUCAACAGAAUCAUCCUCCCCUUUCGCGUACGAUCUCCAUCCAUCACUUACGCUCCGGCGCUGACGUACAUUAGCACCCAAUAAGAUGCCCCCCAAGAAAGACAACGGCACGGCCCCUCCGAAAUCCUGGAUCCCUCCCUCAGGAUAUACUCGUCGACAGACUCGGAAUCAACAACAGCAGCCCAACCUCUGGCAAGGACUCACCGAUAGAGGAGAGGCAUACGACACCCAGGGCAACCAUGUUUUAGUGCGCCCGGUGCGCCAGCGUCGAAGGGGACAGCAGACGGCGGCACCCCCUCCUGCACCGCCUCAAGCUCCAGCACCACCUGCUCCGCCGCCGCCCACUGCUCCUGUCCUGCCACCGAUGCCUUCUCCCCGUAAUGCUGACUCUGGAGAUGAAUCUGAUGACGAUCCCGGUGGUGAGCCUGGGACUAAACCUGAUGAUGGAUCUAAUGAUGAACCCAACAAAACAGCUGAGCCUGAAACUGACGGUGGAGCUGGAGAUGAACCUAACAACGAAUCUGGCGAAGAACCUGAGGCUGGGUCAGGUGAUGAAUCUGAAGAAGAAUCUCGGGCUGGAUCUGGGGAUGAAUCUGGUAACGAAUCUGGGGAUGAAGCUGAGACCGAAUCAGGUAACGGGCCUGGCGAUGGAACUAGCAUUGGAUCUGGCGACGAAUCUGAGGCUGAAUCAGGCGAUGAAUCUGCCGAGGAACCUGAGGCUGAAUCAGAUAAUGAAUCUGGUGAUGAUACUGCGGGUCCUUCAUCGGCUCUCACGCCACCAAAACGCCCUACAAGAACGCCCCUUCCGACUGAAAGGCCAACAAAAAUCAAGAUCAAGCUAAAAACAACAAAAACACGAACAGCAACAGCUGCAGAGAGCCUAGACGGUACGGAUAGCAAUGAUUCGGACUCUCCCGUCGGCCCAUCUGCAGGCGAAUCCGACAGCGAUUCACCCGGCGACGGCAGUGAUGGAGAAAGCUCGAAGAAGAAGAAGACGAACAAGGGAAAGCAGAACGCAACACAAAACAAUGCAGAGACCGACUCCGAUCCCGAAGCGCCUGAAGAAAGCUCCGAGCCUGAAGAACCCGAAGAUGACGCCAGUCGUGACGACAAUGAGGAGCAGACCGACAACUCUCAAAGAAGCGAAGGCAGUGACCUAGAAGGUCCACAGGAUAGCGACCAAGGUACACCCGAUGAAGCCACGCCGUCGAGGAGAUCAGCUCCCGGGUCGGUCGGAGGAGACUCUGAGCAAAUGUUCACCCCUUCAAAGACACCUCAAGAAAGAAAGGGGUCGAAGAACGAGGAUCCCAUUCAAAUGGGCAGCGACGAGUCGGAGAGUAGCGAAGUUUUCCGUGAUCCACGGAGCGAAGAGUCUCAAGGAGAAGAUGAACCGCAUCAACGUACUAUCGUCCACUAUGGCAGCGACGAUGAAACGGAGAUGUUAGUUCAUGAGAGGCCUGACCCAGACCACACCUUCGACAAUGGAGAAAAUACUCUCAACUUGGAGGACUAUCUAAGCUCGGUUGGCGGAGAUCCAGACUGGAGGGGAGAGUAUGAUGGAAGCGAGGAUGACGGUGACAACCGGUAUGACCAGAGUAGCAACGUCGGAGGUGACUAUGAGGGCAAUCAGGAUGACGACGAUGAUUCUGAGAUGCACCUUCCCGACUACACGAUGUUCGAACCCGACGAAACCGAGGGUCAACCCGAAAUGGGCCGCGGACAAGGCAGCGAGUCGAAUCUUCCGAGGCAGUCCUCGCCGAGCAGUGUCUCGCCAAGCUUCCCUCGGAGCAAUCGUUCGCCCAGCCACUCUCCGGACCCAUUUGCCGGGGGGCAGCAGCAGCCGUCAAGUUCGAGUGGCGGGCAAGGUUCUAUAGCUCAGGGAAGUAAGAACGGACAGUCAAGUGGUAGCAAAACGGGCUCGGCAACAGGAAGCGGAAACGGCCUCGUGGCAAUGAAGGCGAAGAAUGUUGCGGGGAAGAGAGGAAGGUCUGAAGAACACACCAAAGACGACGAAGCCAGGCCACAGAAGCGACAAAGGGAGGACUCGGGCAAGACUGCGGUGCCGACGGCGAGAAACAAAUUCCCUCGGACCCAAUAUCGCCAAAUAUGUCCUUACCCAAGCCCCCGGGAUUUACAUUCUCAGACUUCAGACAAGUGGGCAACAGCAAAGAGACCAGGCAGCUCGCUCGAAGAAGCAGUAGUGAAGCCUGCGAAAAAGACAAAACUGUUAUAAGGAGAAUGUGAAGGAUAUUUAGAAAAGUAACGGGAUGUUUAAACGAUGUGGUCCUAGAGUCGUAGAUUUUGUUCGAAUUGACAUUGCCUUACUGAGGCAUUACAUGACUAGCAAGAAUAUGAACCAUGUGUGCGUAUCUUACCACAUGGUGAUUUCUCCUCUAUCAAGAGUGUUUGCCAUGCUUGUGGACGGGUGUCCUCUCAUGGGUUGAUGACAGGAUCAGAAGCGUGAUUUUCGUGGCACUGGGACAAUAAG